AUGGACAACAAAACUCUCAACAUGGAUACUCUGCUCCUGGAGGGGUUAAAGGUCAACCCGCAAUCCUCUGUUCCUGCCUUCGUCCUCCUCCUCCUCAUCUACAUCUUCAUCAUGGUGUCCAACAUCGGCCUGGCGGUGCUGAUCUUCAUGGAGAGCAGCCUCCACCAGCCCAUGUACCUGCUCUUCUGCAACAUGAGUAUUAACGAUGUGUUCGGGGCGACGACCGUCAUCCCUCGCUUGUUACGGGACAUCUUUACUCCGAUCACGGAGCGGUACAUUCAUUACUACGAGUGUGUCAUUCAGGCUUUUUGUGCUCACUUUCACGCAGGCAGCACACACACCGUGCUCAUGAUCAUGGCCUUCGACCGCUACGUGGCCAUCUGCAACCCGCUGCGAUACGCCACCAUCAUGACCAACCGGAUGGUGGUGAAGCUGUCGGUGCUGGCCUGGGGGGUAGCUUUCUUGUUGGUGGGGAUCCUCGUGGGCCUCAGCGUCCGCCUGUCGCGCUGCAGGUGGACGAUAUUCAACCCGUUCUGCGACAACGCCUCCUUGUUCAAGCUGUCGUGUGAAAGCGUCCUCAUCAAUAACAUCUACGGCCUCGGCUACACGGUGGUCCUGAUGGGCUCCUCCGUCGGCAGCGUGACGCUCACCUACCUGAAGAUCGCCGUGGUGUGUCUGAGCAGUAAGAACAAAGCGCUGAACAGCCGGGCGCUGCAGACCUGCGCCUCCCACCUGGCCGUGUACAUCAUCAUUUUUGUGUCGUGCGGCGUCAUCGUCGUCUUCCAUCGUUUCCCUCACUUAUCAGACCUCAGGAAGCUGGCGUCCAUCUUGUUGCACGUGGUUCCUCCCGCCAUGAACCCUAUCAUCUACGGACUGCAGAUCAAAGCCAUCAGACAGAAAAUGUUCAUAAUGUUCACUAGGAGUACAUGA